AUCAGACCAACGACCACGGUGUGGACGUGGCGCCAUGCACUGGUUUAAAAACGCGGCGUCAACGACUGAGAAUUUCGGAAGCGGACGCCCAGGAUCAGAGGAUGAGGACCUUGUUCCAUCUGGCCCAUCUUCCAGGCGGAGUAGCACGGCAAGUGCAAAGGCACCAGUACCUCGAAGGGCCAGUGUCACGAGCGCGCUGAAAGCACCUGCAAUGCCAGUCCGCUCGGGCUCUGACGAUGGUCUCAGGGAUUGGGUGGCCGAAGCAGUGAACGGCUUGAACCAAGCACUGCAGGGGGAGCUGGCGAAGUUCCAGGAACGGAUGGAGAACCACGAAAAAAGUACCCGUCGAACUUUGGUGGAGUUGGCAAGGCGCUCAGAACAAAAUACUUUGAUGAUUGAGAGGGCCACCCGCGCUGCGGAUCACGCCUCCCUGAAGGUGGAACAAGUGGAGGAGAAGGCCAAGGGCUUGCUGGUCAUCGAACCGAAGUUUGCCACCUUCAGACAAGAAGUGCAAGAGGCGCUGCAGUACGUCGAUGAGGUGAGAUUCACCAGGCUGGCCAGUCAGUGCAAUCGACUGGAACGAGUUUUGAAGAAGUCGGUGCACCGAAUUUGCGAGGACUACCGGGAGUUGGACAACCGCAUGACGGUCCAAGCGCUGGCCGCCAGCACCUUCAGCCUCAAGGCCAUUGCCAUGGAUGCGGAUGCGAGGACAAAGAGCCUCAAGUUUCUGGCGGGCGAAGAAUCACGGGUCAAGGAGCACCUGCAGAGCUCCCCGAGGAAGUCGCAGGUCGAGCUGCGCGCCAGCGAGGAGGAUCUCUGGGGGGACCUGGAAGAGGACCAGUCCGCCAGCGGUCCCAUCAGAGAAAAGCCGAUGAUCAGCAAUAUCGGUCCGAUGGUUCAGAGUCGUGGCACGCUGGGCCUCCUGGAUCUUCUCACCUCUGAGGUCGUCUGCCUCAAAGCCAUGUCCUUCAACGAGACUGAACGGCAGCACUGUGCGACCGCUCUGCAGCGGUGCCCGGGCCUACCUGCGAAGCUCGUGUCAAAGGCAUAUGUUGCAGCUGCAAAGUUCUGGUGCUAGCAAGGAGAUUUUGGAGGGCAUUCAUGCGGAAGCGAUGCAUGCAGCUGAGACUGGAGAAGACGUCCAUGUGACGUUAUGAAAACAGGCCGUCAGUUUCACCAUGCGGCUUAGUUGGGAGCCAGACAUCGGUCGCUUUUAGGAGGGUUUGGCUGGGAACGGAGUUUUUUGUUCGGUGUUUCACC